GUCUACUUCAUAAACUAUCCAAAGUGACUUCAUUCUUCAAAUCUCUUAAAGCAAAAUUUGCAUCUAAACCUCAAGUUCAAACUCAAGUUCAAACUCAAGUUAAAUCUCAAGUUAAAAAACAAACUAACUCAAUUAAAUCUUCUAACAUGUCAGCUUCUUCCACUACUGUUUUUGUUUCUGGUGCUACCGGAUUCAUUGCUCAACAAACUAUUGUUCAAUUACUCCAAAAGGGUUAUAAUGUUGUUGGAUCUGUUAGAUCAACUGAAAAGGGUGAAACCUUAGCUAAGAACUUAAAUAACUCUAAGUUCCAUUAUGCUAUUGUUAAGGGUCUUUCCGAAAUUGGAGCCUUUGAUGAAGCAUUGAAAGCUCACCCUGAAGUUACUAUCUUCUUACACACUGCUUCUCCAGUCACUUUUGCUGCCGAAGAUAAUGAAAGAGAUAUUUUAAUUCCUGCUAUUGAUGGUACUAAGAAUGUCUUAGCUUCUAUUAAGAAAUACGGUCCUCAAAUCAAAAAGGUUGUUUUAACUUCAUCAAUUUUUGGUAGUGCUGAUUUUGGUGAUCUUGCUAAUCCAGAUUUUGAAGGUGGUGAAGAUACCUGGAAUGAUCCAACUUAUGAAGUCGCUAAACAAAAUGGUGCCACUGCUUACAGUGCUUCAAAAGCUUUUGCUGAAAAGGCUGCAUGGAAAUUCUUAGAAACUGAAAAGCCAAACUUCACUCUUGCUGUUAUUAACCCUGUCUUUGUCUUUGGCCCUCAAGCUUUUGAAUCUAGCGUUAAGAGUUUAAAUGAAACAGCCAAGCUUACUGCUCAAGUCUUAGAUUUGAAACCAGAUAGUGCAAUUCCUGAUUUAGCUGGUCUUUUCGUUGAUGUUAGAGAUGUUGCUAAGGCUCAUAUUCUUGCUUUUGAACUUCCUGAAGCUGCUGGUAAGAGAUUUGUUAUUCAAAAUGGUAGAUUUGAUUUCCAACAAGUCCUUGAUUCUUUCAGAAAACAAUUCCCAGAAUUAAAAGAUCAAGUUCCAGUUGGUAAACCAGGUUCUUCCGACUUUUCUGCCUUCAAGCCUUUACAUGACAACAAUGCUAGAACUAUCUUCAAAAUAGAUUACAUUUCAUUAGAUAAGGUUAUUAAGGAUUCUAUUUCCCAAAUUUUAGCUUACAAGGCUAAGAAUUAAAGAAAUCAUAUUAUUUUGAAUUGUAAAACUUCAUUCAGAUACGUAGUCUUUUAAUAUUUGUUUGUAUAACGACACGUAAUAUACUAUCUUAAGAUUCAAUAAUUAAUUUUGUAAAUUGCUUAAUUUAAAGGCUUUAUAUUAAAACAACUAUGGAUACUUCUACAGUUCACUAUUUUAUCUCUUCAACUUAAUCGUAGCGAUAUUUAAAAUGAUUUACAUACAGAGACACUGGGGUUUAUGAAUUUUUAAAUCAUUUACCUACCCUGGCCUUCUUAUAAAUAGAAAUUAUAUAAUUUGUUCAUAUUGAUAGUGCCCUUUAUUAUAGAUUUUUGGUAUUCGCACACGACGCAUCAAAGUAAGUAGUUUUAAGAGCAUCAAUAAACCCAUAUAUUU